AUGGAAGACUCGACUUCCCUGAAGCAAGAAAAAGAAAACCACGAAUUGAAGGAAGUAGAGGGGCCAUGGGAAGAAAAGACAGCAGCUUCUCCCCAAGUCCCUGACCCUCAGUCAUCUGAGCCUUUGGAGGCAGAGCAGGCACCAGAAACUGGACCCCAGCCCAGCAAAAGCCCUCCUUGGAGCCCCCGGUCCAGAGCCAGCAUGGUUCUGGGAGAUCUCACAGAACUAGGGGCAUUACCUCCCCAUUCCCCUCCUCAGCAGCCUUCUUCCACUCCUCCCUUGACUCUGGGGGAGCAGGAUCUUGGGAUCCCACUGCAGUCAGACAGGACCACUAGUAUAAUUCCUAAUUUUGGGACACUUGUUUCUGAUCCUUUGGAACAACCAUCUGACAAGAGAGAAUCAACUUUUCAUCGCACAAGACAAUUGGAGGAAAACACCUUUCCACAGUCUCAGCAAUCCAAAUCUGAUCUAUAUGGGCCAAAGGACCCAAGCUAUGAUACCUCUAAACAAAAAGAGCUGAGAUUUGACGUUUUUCAGGAAGAAGAUUCAAACAGUAAUUGUGAUCUUCUGCAGCUGGAGCCUGGGGCCUCAGAAGUGGCCCCCAGCAUGCUUGAGAUUGCCAUUCAGAAUGCUAAGGCUUACCUACUGAGGACCAGUAGCAAGUCGGGCCUCAAUCUAUAUGAUCAUCUUUCUAAUGUGCUGACCAAGAUGUUAGAUGAGCGUCCCGAAAAUGCUGUUGACAUCAUUGAAAAUAUUAGCCAAGAUGUGAAAAUGGCUCAUUUUAGUAAAAAAUUAGAUACACUUCAAAAUGAGAAUGAGCUGCUUCCAAUGUAUGAAAUAGCUGAGAUGCAGAAGACUCUUUUUCUCCAGGGAAAUUUAGAAGGAGCUGAUCAGGAAUUAGAAGAUGAAAUAACAGAAAGCUCUCUUCCAAAUGUAAUGGAGUCAGCUUUUUAUUUUGAACAAGCCGGAGUUGGUCUGGGCACUGAUGAGACUUACCGCAUUUUUCUUGCCCUCAAACAACUUACUGAAACCCACCCAAUCCAAAGAUGCCGUUUCUGGGGUAAGAUCCUGGGUAUAGAAAGAAAUUAUAUUGUAGCUGAAGUGGAAUUUCGUGAGGGGGAAGAUGAAGAGGAGGUGGAGGAGGAAGACAUAGCUGAAGAAAGGGACAAUGGAGCAAUUGAAGCUGAUGAAGAGGAGGAAGAUGAAUUACCAAAGGCCUUUUACAAGCCCCCACCAACUAUACCCAAAGAAGAAAAUAGAACAGGCGCCAACAAAUAUGUCUAUUUUGUAUGCAAUGAACCAGGAAGACCUUGGGUGAAGUUACCAUCAGUUGUACCUGCACAAAUUGUGAUUGCAAGAAAAAUCAAGAAAUUUUUCACUGGGAGAUUAGAUGCUCCCAUCCUAAGCUACCCACCUUUCCCAGGAAAUGAGAGCAAUUACUUGCGAGCACAAAUUGCCAGAAUUUCAGCAGGAACUCACGUCAGCCCUCUAGGAUUCUUCCAGUUUGGUGAAGAGGAAGGAGAGGAGGAGGAAGAAGUGGAGGGUGGGAGAGAUAGCUUUGAGGAAAACCCUGAUUUUGAAGGCAUUCAAGUGAUGGAUCUAGUGGAAUCUCUCUCCAAUUGGGUUCAUCAUGUACAGCAUAUUCUUCCACAGAGAUUCAGAAUAUGCCUGCUUGGACAACACGGCUGUCCUCAAAUCUCAUCCCACAGUAUGCUAUCGCAGUCCUCCGAUCCAACCUCUGGCCUGGAGCAUAUGCCUUUUCCAAUGGCAAAAAGUUUGAGAAUUUCUACAUAG